CCCAGAAUUCAUAAUAUUUUUUCCCUCCACACUGAAAAAAGCUCCCGAUGAUAAACCCAAACCCACGAAACUAAGUGCGCAACUCUUCCAUUGUCGCUCGCAUAGAAAACAACUCUAUCCAAAAACCAAUGGAGACGAUCGGUGUUCUCAUGACCUGCCCUCCAUUCUUCCCUUACUUACUCGAACAACUCGAGAAGCGCUUCACUCUCUACAAGCUCCAAAACGCCCCAGACAAAACCCAAUUCAUCAAUUCCCACAAGAACUCCAUCCGCGCAAUCGUGGGUAGUGGGGGGUUUGGUGCGGACGCCAAACUGAUCGACCAAUUGCCGAAACUGGAGAUCAUCUCCAGUCACAGUGUGGGGCUCGACAAGGUUGACUUGCCCAAAUGUAAGGAGAAAGGGAUACGGGUCACAAACACGCCUGAUGUUCUGACCGAUGACGUCGCCGAUUUGGCCAUUGGAUUGAUGCUGGCUGUAUUGAGAAGGUUAUGUGAGAGUGAUCGGUAUGUCAGGAGCGGAAAGUGGAAAAAGGGUGUCUAUAAGUUGACUACUAAGUUUACUGGAAAGUCGGUUGGCAUUAUUGGGUUGGGCAGGAUAGGCAUGGCAAUUGCUAAAAGAGCUGAAGCAUUUAGUUGUCCGAUUAGUUACUAUUCUAGAACAGAAAAACGAGAUGUAAAAUACAAGUACUAUCCGAGCGUUGUUGAGUUGGCUGCCAACUGUCAAAUCCUUGUCAUUGCAUGCGCGCUAACGGAAGAAACCCGCCACAUUGUCAAUCGGGAAGUCAUCAAUGCAUUAGGUCCAAUGGGUGUCCUCAUCAACAUUGGUAGAGGUCCUCAUAUUGAUGAACCUGAGAUGGUAUCUGCAUUACUUGAAAGCAGGCUGGGUGGUGCUGGGCUUGAUGUGUUUGAAGACGAGCCUAAUGUACCUGAGCAGUUAUUUAGGCUUGAAAAUGUAGUCCUCUUGCCUCAUGUAGGAACUGCUACGGUGGAAACCAGGAAAGCCAUGGCUGACCUUGUUGUUGGCAAUUUGGAAGCACACUUUUCGAACAAACCUCUGUUAACUCCAGUGGUUUGAUUUUGGCAUUAAUAUUUUUCAGUACAAGAUUGAUUCGAGUCUUCUUCAUGCUUCUGCUACUUGCAAUUACGAUAUGAUGUUUCUUUUUCUUAGUCUUCUUAUGUUCUGUUCAUACAGUUUAUGCAUAAGAGCCGCACAUUCUAUGUGGGGCAAAUUGACAUCUAAUUGUUUCUUUGAA